AUGAAGCAAAUUAAAGCCAUCGUCUCAAACACAUUGCAAAACAGAGAAGCUGAAUAUGUGUAUGCCACAGGAUUGAACUCGACCGGUCACAUUGCCUUUCAAUUAGUCACGUCACUUCUUGACUGGACGGAACAAAAGUCCACAGCUGAGCAAAUAUCGGGGAAGGCCACUCAGCACUUUACUUUUACCCUAUAUUCAAUCCUGCGUCUCUAUAACAUCAAGCAAUUCUUAUUUGCUUUAAUCAACUCACAAACAACCAUGUCUGUUAGAACUUUCACGAACACAUACUCGCAAGUGUUCCACCACAAGGCCCUCAAGAACACGCCGAUGGGAGGCUUGCAACCUUCCGACAAGCUUGUGUCAACACAGCCCUACUUGACCCAGGCGUUGGGUCUGCCCAGUAUAGUACCAUCACUGGAAACGGGACUGGCAAUCAGUGGGCAAUCUUUUUCAAGGAUUAAAAGUUCAACAUUAUUGUCCAUUACGACCAUGCAAAGCAGGACAAAUUUACUAGGGAAUGCAGGCCAAUGGCGGACAAUGAUGGAAGCAGGGAGCCGCGCCAUAUUUCUGUGUCACUUGUGUGAAGGAUCUCUGAGCCGAGAGCGUAGUGGAGACAAAUUGGCACUACUUGAAAUGAAACAUCUUGUUUCUCUUACUCUUACAACGCAGUCGAGUUCAAUCCUGUGGCAUACACAUAUUCAGCUUCUCUGUUUUGCAAUGCUGGCAAGCGGUGGCUUUUUUAGCAGCGACUUUGCUUCAUAA